AUGAAAAUAAAGAUUGGGGUUUCGAACAAACGAGCGUAUAUUUGGAAUGUAUGGGAUAUUGCUAGGCUUAGAGUGGAGUACCAUAUAUCAGGAAUACUUGUAGGCACACUGCCAGGGAUACAGCAGCAGAAUGUAUUCCUUGGGCCACCACUGCUUUUACUACCAGAAGAAGCCUGGGUAUUGGUUGAGCAAGGCGUGGCUCAGUUUGUGGAUUUAAAUGAUGCUAGAUUGCCUACUAAUGAUGAGAUCAAUCACUAUCACCAACACAAACUUCAUCAAAUUGAACUGGAAGCACAAGAGACAAAGGCUAGGAAUUCCAAAGAGCCAGUGCUUUCUGAUAAAGAUGUCCAAAGGCGUCAACAGAAGAGAGAAGAGAGAGCUGCUGCUAAAUCUAAAGCUGGUUUCAUGUUUGAGACAGAUUCAACUUUCACUCAGUCUUCACCAAUUCCAGUUGAUGAGAAGAAAUCGAGGUUACCAAAUACUUUUACUAUCACAGUACCCGCUACUUCAGAAUACACGUUCGAUAACGAUAAUCUAAUCUACUCUGACUUAGAUAGCGCUAGAAGUGCAAAUGUUUGGACAUACCCAGAAACACCCCUUGAACUAAACAAGUGCAGAGUUUUCAAAGAUCUCUGGCAAAGAGGUAUGUUCAUGGGUGAUGGUAUUCGUUUCGGUGGUCAUUUACUCGUUUAUCCCGGUGAUCCUCUUCGUUAUCACAGUCAUUUCACUGUCACCGUCUUAGAAAGCAUGUCCUCCUCAAUUAAGCCCAUCGACAUUGUCGCUUUGGGUCGUUUAGGCACUACUGUUAAAAAAGUUCACCUUCUAGCUUCUUACAACGACAAGACUAACAAAGUCGAUUAUAUUUCCUUAGAAUGGGCUGGUUUCGGUACUUGA